CUUCUUUCUCUUGUGUCCAUCUCUGUGAUCUUUGUUGAUGAAAUUACUGGAUUUUUUAUCAAAUUAUUACGCGUGGUAGAAAUAGUUACACAAAACAAUGUCUCUUGCCGACGAACUGUUGGCUGAUUUAGAGGAAAACGAUGAUGGUGAGCUUGAAGCUGCGAUUGAAAGUAAAACAUCGAAUGAUGUAGCCAAUGAUUUUGCGGUUCCAUUCCCUGUAAUUCCCAAAGAAGAAGAAAUUAAGAACGUUUCUAUUCGAGAGCUAGCGAAAUUAAGGGAUUCUGAGCGAUUGAAGCGGGUGAUGAUUGAAGUGGAACAAAAUGUUGGAAAUAACAGAAAGAAAAUUGAAGUUACUGGACUCAUGGAGUCAGACCCUGAGUACCAACUUAUUGUUGAAGCCAACAACAUUGCUGCUGAAGUCGAUGGAGAAAUUGCUAUUAUCCACAGAUUCGUUCGAGACAAAUAUCAGAAGAGAUUCCCGGAGCUUGAUUCUCUUAUCGUCACUCCACUUGAGUACAUCCGGACUGUGAAAGAACUUGGCAAUGACUUGGACAAGGCUAAAAACAAUGAGAUAUUACAGAGCUUCUUGACACAAGCUACUAUUAUGAUUGUGUCAGUUACCGCAUCAACUACUCAAGGAAAACUGUUAACAGAACACGAAUUAGCUGAAAUAUAUGAGGCAUGUGACAUGGCAGCAGAGCUGAAUCAUUUCAAGUCGAAAAUCUAUGAAUAUGUUGAAAGCAGAAUGACAUUUAUUGCACCAAAUAUAACUGCUAUUGUUGGGGCUUCAACUGCUGCAAAAAUCCUUGGUGUGGCUGGUGGACUUUCAAAGCUGUCCAAAAUGCCAGCAUGCAAUGUGUUGCCUCUUGGCCAGCAGAAGAAGACACUGUCUGGGUUCUCACAAGCGGCUUCCCUGCCCCACACUGGUUUUAUUUACUUUUCUCAAAUUGUACAGGACACUCCACCAGAACUGCGUUACAAAGCCGCCAAGCUGGUGUCCACCAAGUUGACUCUCGCUGCUCGGGUGGAUGCGUGCCACGACUCGACAGACGGACGCAUCGGCCGGCAACUGCGAGAGGGCAUUGAGAAGAAACUGGACAAGUUGCAGGAGCCUCCGCCAGUGAAAUUCGUCAAGCCCCUACCGAAGCCAAUCGAGCAAAGCCGCAAGAAGCGAGGCGGGAAGCGCGUGCGCAAGAUGAAGGAGCGAUACGCCAUGACCGAGUUCAGGAAGAACGCGAAUAGACUGAACUUCGCUGACAUUGAAGACGACGCGUACCAAGAAGACCUGGGCUACACGCGCGGCACCAUCGGCAAGUCGAGCACCGGCCGCGUGCGCCUUCCGCAAAUAGACGAGAAGACCAAAGUGCGGAUCAGCAAGACCCUUCAGAAGAAUCUGCAGAAGCAGCAGCAGUAUGGGGGCGCCACCAGUAUUAGGAGGCAGGUGUCGGGCACCGCGUCUUCGGUGGCGUUCACACCUUUGCAGGGCCUGGAAAUAGUCAAUCCUCAGGCAGCAGAGACGCGGGUGAACGAAGCAAACGCCAAAUACUUUUCAAAUACCUCGGGCUUUUUGUCAGUUGGGAAGAAAACCACAUAAAAUGUAUUGAAUUAGUAAUUAGGAUUAAUGACACUCAAUACUUGAUUCCAAAAUUCAAGAAUGUGAUUCACUUUUUUGAUUAAUCACAGUUCUGAAACGUUUUUGAGUGUCGUUCAAUAAUAUGGACCUUAGAUUGAAUUUUGUAGGGUUAAUUUUGAUUAUCGCGAUUUAUUUGCAAUAAAUUAGAUUCUAAGAUUAA